AUGGCCUCCGAGCGUAUAAUGCCUCGCCAGCAGAGACCCGGCCGAGGAAAACAGCGCAACCAGACCCGUUGUAACCCUCGAUAUCUCAAUAGUAACAAAGAUAAUAUUGCAGAGGAGUGGGGUCCAUCUGGCCCUCAAGCUUCCACCGAGGAGCCUAACAAGCAUAACCUCAGGGCCGCCCUUUUAGCCAAUCAUGACCCCAAAACAUCUGACCAUCGAAAAAGUCAACCUCUUCCCUCAGAACAAGAAACCACAGCUCGGGAACUGGAUAGCGAGUAUGUUCUGGUAUAUAUCCAUAAAGUCCAAACAACCGAUACAAUGGCAGGUGUCCUUCUCGCCUAUGACAUCGAACCCGAUGUCCUCCGAAAAGCCAAUCGGUUGUGGCCAAAUGAUAGUAUACAAAUGCGCUCACAGCUUUACCUCCCUGUUGGCGAAUGUGCUGUGAAAGGGGUACCGCUUCCAGCUGAGGAAUUGGCAGGGCAGCGUGUGAAGUCUCUAAAAACCAAGGGGGGGGGCGACGAAUUGGGGAAUAGCAGCGAUCAGCAACAGCCCACGCCCCUCAGGAACAAUCAUAACAACGCCCCCGUACCAAUCUUACAAACAUCUGACGGCCAUCAUUCGUUCAUACACAUCGACCCCGUCGGUCCUGUUGAAAUUGUGAGGUUAGCAAGACCAAAGCUUUCUCACUUUCCAUCUCCUUCCAGCAACCGCAUGGUACCAAAGUCUCGCAUACUGGACCAUAGCUCUGUAAUCGAGCCCCAAUAUAAACCGCCCCCUCAGGAUAUAUCGACGGAUACUUUCGAGCGGCUCGAAACUGUCGGUGCAGCUAUCGAGACUUUUGUGCGUAGGGUUGCCGCGAGUGCAAGGAUGAACUGGGUCAAUAAAACAACAAGUGACUUGAUUGAGCUUACGUCCCAUGUGGGACGGCCGCCGCAAACUCCUGAUUCCAGAGGGACUAAUGCCAGCAAUACACGUAACACCAAUUCUUCCCGAUGCGAAGAGGUUGCUCCGGCGACAUUAGCGACCUCCAAUAGCUUUAUGGUGCAUGGGGGUAGUUCUGAAGCACCCAGGAAUCGCCGGCGGACAAAAAAAGUAGAGGCUUCUGAGGGGUAG